AGGAGUAGAAUCUGCAAGUGGAAUGGCAUUCUGGAAGAACGAUUGCUAUCGCACUCCAGUGCCAAAUGUCGUUGCAGUAGCGCUGCUAGUAGUAGCGGUGCUGGUCUGGGCGGCGCCGGCGCCGGCGGCCGCCGUCACCGAUGUGUCGGUGGCCGUGCAUCUCGAGGCGUUGCUGGAGUUCAAGAAGGGCGUCGCGGUGGACCCGCUCGGCGCGCUGUCCAACUGGACGGUGGGGGCUGGCGGUGCCCGCGGUUCCCGCGGCGGCCCGCCGCACUGCAACUGGACCGGGGUGGCCUGCGACGGCGCCGGCCACGUCACGUCCAUCCAGCUCCUAGAGACCGGGCUCCGGGGCACGCUCACGCCGUUCCUGGGCAACAUCUCCACGCUCCAGGUCCUCGACCUGACAUCGAACCACUUCGCCGGGGCCGUGCCGCCUCAGCUCGGCCGCCUCGGCGAGCUCGAGCAGCUCGUCCUCUACGACAACAGCUUCACCGGAGGCAUUCCCGCCGAGUUUGGUGACUUGGGGAGCCUGCAGAUACUGGACUUCGGCAACAACACGCUCCACGGCGCCAUCCCCGGCCGCCUCUGCAACUGCUCGGCGCUGUGGGCGUUCGGCGCGGAGAACAACAACCUCACCGGCGCACUUCCUGACUGCAUUGGUGAUCUGUCCAAUCUCAAGAUUUUGGUCAUCGCCCACAACGAUCUUGAAGGCGAGCUGCCGCCGUCCUUCGCGAAGCUCACGCUGAUGGAGACGUUGGACGUCAGCGAAAACCAGUUCUCCGGCUCGAUUGGCUGGCUCGCCGACUUCACCAACCUCAAGAUUCUCCAGACGUUUGACAACCGGUUCUCCGGUGCCAUCCCGCUGGAGCUCGGCCGGUGCAAGAACCUGACUCUGCUCAACAUGUACAGCAACAACUUCAGCGGCGCGAUCCCAAGCGAGCUCGGGGAGCUCACGAACCUCGAGGUGCUGCGCUUGUACGGCAACGCGCUAUCAUCGGAGAUCCCCCGCUCGCUCGGGCGAUGCACGUCUCUGCUGUCGCUCCAGCUGUCGACGAACCAGCUCACCGGCUCCAUCCCGACCGAGCUCGGCGAGCUACGGUCGCUUCGGGAUCUGAGGCUCCACAUCAACAGGCUCACCGGAAGAGUGCCGGCAUCGCUGACGAAUCUCGUCAACCUGACAUACCUGAGCUUCAGUUACAACUCCCUGUCCGGGCCUCUACCGGAGAACAUUGGGUCACUCCGGAAUCUUCAGCAACUAGUCAUUCAGAACAACUCGCUCUCCGGCCCAAUUCCGGCGAGCAUAGCCAACUGCACGCUGCUGUCCAACGCGAGCAUGAGUUCCAACGAGUUCUCGGGGCCCUUGCCUGCGGGACUUGGCAGGUUACAAACCCUCAUGUUCUUGUCGUUGCUCGACAACAAGCUGUCCGGCGACAUACCGGAGGACCUGUUCGACUGCGGCAACCUCCGGACGCUAAGCCUGGCCGGGAACAACUUCACUGGCAGCCUGAGCCCUCGCGUCGGCGGGCUUAGCAAGCUCGGGUUGCUGCAGCUGCAGAGGAACGCUCUGUCUGGGGCGAUACCGGAGGAGAUCGGCAACCUGACGAAGCUCAUCGGCCUGGAGCUCCGGGGGAACCGCUUCGCCGGGCGCGUCCCGGCGAGCAUCUCCAACAUGUCGUCCCUCCAGGAGCUCGAGCUGCAGCAGAACCGCCUCGGCGGCGCGCUGCCCGACGAGAUUUUCGAGCUGCGGAACCUCACCUUCCUCAGCGUCGCGUCAAACAGGUUCGUCGGCCCGAUCCCCGACGCCGUGUCCAACCUCCGGUCUCUGUCCUACCUUGACCUGUCGAACAACGCGCUCAACGGCACGGUCCCCGCCGCGCUGGGCCGCCUCGACCAGCUUCUCACGCUGGACCUCUCUCACAACCGCCUCACCGGCGCCAUCCCCGGCGCGGUGAUCGGGAAAAUGAGCACCAUGCAGAUGUACCUCAACCUGUCGAACAACAUGUUCACGGGCCCGAUACCGCCGGAGAUCGGCCGCCUCACGAUGGUGCAGGCCAUCGAUCUGUCCAACAACCGGCUUUCCGGUGGUGUCCCGGCGACGCUCGCCGGAUGCAAGAACCUCUACUCGCUCGACCUCUCCGCCAACAACCUCACCAGCGCCCUCCCGGGAGGCCUCUUCCCUCAGCUCGACAUUCUCACAAGUCUGAACAUCUCGGGCAACGACAUCGACGGGGAGAUCCCUGCCAACAUCGGCGCACUGAAGCACAUACAGUCGCUGGACGUGUCGAGGAACGCGUUCACCGGGGCCAUACCGGCGGCGCUGGCGAACCUGACGAGCCUGAGGACUCUGAACCUCUCGUCGAACCAACUCGAGGGGCCCGUGCCGGACGCCGGCGUGUUCCGGAACAUGAGCAUGUCGAGCCUGCAGGAUAAUCCCGGGCUAUGCGGCUGGAAGCUUCUGGCUCCCUGCCACCACUCCGGAAAGCAGGGAUUCUCGAGGACAGGGCUCGUGAUCCUAGUGGUGCUGCUUGUGCUCGCCGUGCUGUUGCUUUCGCUGAUUGUGACGAUUCUGUUCCUUGGCUACCGGAGGUACAAGAAGAAGAAGGUAGCCGCUAACGGUGCCGCUAGCUUCUCGGAGGACUUCGUCGUGCCGGAGCUGAGGAAGUUCAGUCACGGCGAGCUGGAGGCGGCCACCGGCUCGUUCGACGAAGGCAACGUCAUCGGGAGCAGCAACCUGAGCACGGUCUACAAGGGCGUGCUCGCCGAGCCCGACGGCAAGGUGGUCGCCGUGAAGCGCCUCAACCUGGCGCAGUUCCCGGCCAAGUCCGACAAGUCCUUCCUCACCGAGCUCGCGACGCUGAGCCGCCUGAGGCACAAGAACCUGGCGCGCGUGGUCGGGUACGCGUGCGAGCCCGGCAAGAUUAAGGCGCUGGUCCUCGAGUACAUGGACAACGGCGACCUCGACGGCGCGAUACACGACCCGGGGCGGGACGCGCGGCGGUGGACUGUCCCGGAGCGGCUGCGCGUGUGCGUCUCGGUGGCGCACGGGCUGGUGUAUCUGCACAAAGGGUACGACUUCCCCAUCGUGCACUGCGACGUGAAGCCGUCGAACGUGCUGCUGGACGGCGACUGGGAGGCGCGCGUCAGCGACUUCGGCACGGCGAGGAUGCUGGGCGUCCACCUGACGGGCGGCGCCGCGGCGCAGUCGGCGACGUCGUCGGCGUUCCGGGGCACCGUCGGCUACAUGGCACCAGAAUUCGCGUACAUGAGGACGGUCUCGCCAAAGGCAGACGUGUUCAGCUUCGGCGUCCUGAUGAUGGAGCUCUUCACCAAGCGGAGGCCGACCGGGACGAUCGAGGAGGGCGGCGUGCCGCUGACGCUGCAGCAGUACGUGGACAACGCGCUCUCGAGGGGCCUCGACGGCGUGCUCGACGUCCUGGACCCCGACAUGAAGGUGGCCACCGAGGGCGACCUGUCCACGGCGGCGGACGUGCUGAGCCUGGCCCUGUCGUGCGCCGCGUUCGAGCCAGCGGACCGGCCUGACAUGGACAGCGUGCUUUCAGCCUUGCUGAAGAUGAGCAAGGUCUGCGGAGAAGACUAGGUGCCUGCUGCAAAACGCGAAUAGAAAUGUGUGUGAUUUAGAAAUGGCAAACUCUGCUGAUCAGGGCGAGUGUCACAUGAACAUCAAAAUGUUGAUUUUGUUAAGAAUCAGUAAGCCUUUUUUGGAGCUAGAUUCUAGGCUACUUCUUGGGCUGGUACUUGGCUAUUUACCCUAGGAAUGGUUCACUGAAAUCAGUCAUGCCCAUGCUGCCUGACGGUAUGGGCCUGAAGUGGCACCACAAGUUCUGCUUUUGACUCUUAAUUUCAGUGCAGCAACAUACCUGCAUACGCAGAAGAAUGGAAGCUGAAAGAUUCGGUCAA